AAUAAUAGUAAUAUACAAAGCUGAAAGUUUUCAGAAGUCUCUGACAAAUUAAAUAUAUAGAUGCGACAGUAACACAAACAACGAGACAGAGACGUGAUCAGCCACGACGGCGGAGGCCAAGACUAGUGCCAAAGAUCAGCUACUUUGAUUUUUCACGGCGGCUGAGAUUUCAGCUUCUCUCCUCCUCCCUCUGUUAAUGUAAUCAUGGUGAUCGCUGCGGCUGCUUCUUCUUUUUCCCUUGGUCCAUCUCAUUGCCAUCACUCUUACACGGAUGACUUCACUUCCUCCAUGCCUUACAAAAGACACCGCAGCGGAAGAAACCGUGCAUGUGCCUCUGCUAAUCUCUCUGUUUUAAGAUGCAAGAUUUCUGCAUUUGGAUCAGCAUUUCAUGUAUCAACCGGUGGACAUGACCUUGGCCUCACUAAGGUUUCUGUUGCUGCUGAUUAUUCUGAUUCGGUUCCUGAUUCAUCUCUCUAAGGCUAUCAUCCUCUUGAAGAAUUGAAGCCCUGCAAAAGAGUGCGGCAGACAAAACUCUCUCCUGCUGAAGUAGCUAGAACCACCGUCGAGGCUAACACCAGCGCUGUGUUGGUGUUUCCUGGAGCAAUUCACUGUGAACCACACGGUCAGAACUCAUGGUCCGAGUUUAAGUAUGUCAUUGAUGAUUAUGGAGAUAUCUUUUUCAAAAUUCCUGGUGAUGGGAACAUCUUAGAAGAUCCUGGAGCUAGUAAUCCAGUGAAAGCCUUUAUUGGAAUGGAUGUCCCACGAUACGAAAACACAUGGCUUCAUGAGGAAUAUAACAUAUCUGAAAUGGGUAAUCUUGACGACAUCAUUUUUGAUGAGCAUUAUUUCCAGAUAAUGGAUUCUGAAGCUAGAGAUAUUCCAGUAGAUUGGGGAAUGCCUGACAUUUCCAACGGGGUUCAUCCUAUUUACUUUGCCAAACACAUGUCCAAGGCCAUCAGCAUGGACUAUGAGAAGAAAAUGGACUGUCCAUCUAAUGGUGUAUCCAUACUAGGAUGCCUUAGACCCGCUUUCCUCGACGAGGAAUCCUAUAUAAGACGAUUGUUUCUCUCGGAAGAUAGAGAUGACUAUAGCUUGGAGGUUCAAGGUGAUGAUAAUAAUAUAAGCACUAGUUCCAGACAUGAAGAGAACGAUAUGAGUUCAAGUGGUCUAUAUAGAUUAGAGAUUGUGGGAAUAGAGCUUCUCUCCCUCUAUGGAACAGAGUUUUCUAUAAGUUUGCAAGAUUUUCAAGAUGCUGAACCAGACAUUCUAGUGCACUCUACUUCUACAAUCGUAGAGCGUUUCAACAACAGAGGGAUUAGUUCAGGGAUUGCCCUUAAAGCUCUUUGCGAAAAGAAAGGUCUCCAUGCAGAGGAAGCAAACCUGAUCAGUGUUGAUAGCCUUGGUAUGGAUGUGAGAGUUUUUUCUGGCGCACAAGUCCAAACUCACCGUUUCCCUUUCAAAACCAGGGCUACAACUGAGAUGGCAGCAGAGAAGAAGAUCCACCAGCUACUCUUCCCUCCUUCACGUAGAAGGAAACUAAAGUCUAACGAGGAGAGUUUGAAGGACGCAUACCGUUAAAAAACUCCUAUCAAAACCACCAAACCAAGAAACAGAGAAGGAGCUAUUUUGCCACUGGGUCUGUCUGGUGCUUACACGAGUUAUUUGCUCUGACGUUUGUGUACAUAACAAUGAGCUUUCAAGUGACUGUACUAGAGAUGUGUGGAGAUGCAGCUUCUUAUACUUGUAGUAGUAAGUUAAAUAAAAAUAAACCAAAGAAUAAACAGAAGUUGAUUCAUUUGAA